CGGGAGAAGGCAACAGUGAUCUGUCAGGCGGCGGCGGAGGCUUUACUGUUGUCGGCUCCUCUUCCACCACACCAUGCCUCGGAGGAACGGACAGAUAUGGACGUCGCGGACUGACACGGCGGAUCACACGAAGAGGUUCGGACUGGAUCUAUAAAUCCCCGUGGCGUUUUUCCUCCGGGACGAUUCCUUGGAUGUAACGCAGGCGAAGUUCCAGUCGUCUUUGUACCCGGGCGAGAGGACGACAAGGCGGCCUCGAAUCGCGCAGACGCCGCUGGAAGUUGAGCUCACCAGGGCUCCCUGUGAGAGGCCAUGGGCAGUCAGGGCAGCCCGGUGAAGAGCUACGACUACCUCCUCAAGUUCCUUCUGGUGGGGGACAGCGACGUUGGCAAAGGGGAGAUCCUGGACAGCCUCCAGGACGGCUCGGCUGAGUCCCCGUACGCUUACAGCAGCGGCAUCGACUAUAAGACCACCACCAUUCUUCUGGAUGGGAGGAGGGUGAAGCUGGAGCUUUGGGACACUUCAGGACAGGGGAGGUUCUGCACCAUCUUUCGCUCGUACUCCCGCGGGGCUCAGGGCAUCCUGCUUGUGUACGACAUCACCAACCGCUGGUCGUUUGACGGCAUCGACAGGUGGAUACGAGAGAUUGACGAACAUGCCCCCGGCGUGCCUCGCAUCCUGGUGGGAAACCGGCUGCACCUGGCCUUCAAGCGGCAGGUGCCCACCGAGCAGGCGCGGGCCUACGCCGAGAAGAAUGGCAUGACCUUCUUCGAAGUGAGCCCGCUGUGCAACUUCAACGUCAUCGAGUCCUUCACGGAGCUGUCGCGCAUCGUCCUGAUGAGACACGGCAUGGAGAAGUUCUGGCGGCCCAACCGAGUCUUCAGCCUUCAGGACCUCUGCUGCCGAGCCAUCGUGUCGUGCACGCCGGUCCACCUCAUCGAUAAGCUUCCACUUCCCGUGGCCAUCAAGUCUCACCUCAAGUCCUUCUCCAUGGCCAACGGCAUGAACGCCGUGAUGAUGCAUGGACGCUCCUACUCGCUGGCCAACCCGGCCGGUGGCUCCAAGGGCAACAGCCUGAAGCGGUCCAAGUCCAUCCGCCCACCCCAGAGCCCCCCGCAGAACUGCACCCGCAACAACUGCAAGAUCUCCUAAGUUUAAUUUUCCCCUCCGGACGAUGACGAGACCGCGCGGCGUUUGCCAGGAUGCACGAGGGUGUGACACGGGGGGAAGCAGUGCAUCCCUCCAACCUGACGGGCUGGAGAGCAGGAACGGGAUGAAUGAUGUGCUACUCUCUCGACGAGCCAGAACACGCUAGAACCUUUCAGAUACUUGCCAGGGGGAGCGUGGAGAGGAAGUGAAACAUUUGAGUGUCCCGAUGCUACUUUACAGCUCAGAUGACUGACUCUGGUCUUCUCCACUUGUACAGACGUGUCUAUGCGACACUCAUCGUGUGUCUGCAUCGCAAACCUUUUUCAUCUUCAAUAAGCUAAAAGUCCUCACACACACGAGCACACUCCACUCCUUUGGUUUGACGUCGCCUUGAUGGAAUUGCAGCUGCACAAGCAGGUUUAAACCCCACACCCUCCUUGUGGUCCUAGCACUGACUAGUGACACUUUACUAGUCCUGACUAGUUAGUAGUACGCCACUGAGGGGUUCAACUCUUUGCACUUCCAUUUUUUUCUUCUGCGCAUCGCCACCUACUUUCAAGUGGGAUGGCUUGUUGCCAUGGAUACCAGCCACUGCUACAAUAAGUGACUCAUCUAUUUCAAGUCCCUCACACUUUUUGCUUUCUAGCUUGACCCAAGUCCAGGGAAAGAUUGUUCUCUUGCUUUUCCUUCGCUGAUCUCUUCAUCCACUUGAGCUAGCCUACUACUACUAAAACUACAAUAUUACUACUAGUAAUACUUGCACUGGGGCCACUUUUAGACAAUAGCGGCAAUGGUGAACAGACCUGAUUCCCAUUUGCACCCCUCCAUCCUCGCAGUUGUGCAGGUGCUUUCCGAAGCGUAGGUUAAAAAGGUUUGGUAAUUUUGGCACAAACAAGCAGCAGGAAGUUGUUCUUUCUUGAGAGCGGAGGUGUGUGUCGGCGUGUAAACAAAACAGGACGAGUUGUCGCACCGAUGCAGAGACACUUUGGAGCCACAUGAAAUGUUGCCGUUGUCAGCAGACACGGGUCCUGUACUUGCCCCUCGCCCCUGCAUCAUUGACACUAUUCUCUGCUCAACUCGCAACAAAAAUUAGCUCUACUGACUGGUUUUAAAGCACUAUCACUUUGUCAUUUGAAGACAUUGUCAACUGUUCUUUGCUGUCUUUAUUCAUGUUUUGAAUCUCCCAGCCAGCCCCUCUGCUUAGGAGUGCGUCACAGUGCGUUAUUAACCAUUUGCUAAAUGUUUAUAUUAGGGCGGCAUGACUCACAGUAUCCGUGCUUUUGCCUUUAAACUGCCAUCGUCACGCUGUCGCGUCAUGUUGGACAGCUUCAGUCCAGCUGUUCCCACCAAGCUCAUCUGUCUUCCAGUAACACACAGCAGACUAACUGGGAGGAAAAAAGGUUUUUACAGCACGUGUGUGUGGUGGUGGUGGUGGGUGGGGUUGUAUCUAGGGGGUUGACAGUUAUGGACAGUUUUUGUUGCAGUUAGAUGCCGGCUAGACCUUUGAGUCUUAUUUUGAGCAGCUAAACUGCUGUAAUAAUCUCGCAAGAAAAUGGCAAACAAGGCUCUUUGUUGCCUUCGGGCCCCAUGGGAAAUUGCAGAUGUUGUAUUUAGGUGUCAUCUGCUGCAUGGAAAUGUGACGGCGCUGCUUUCAUGCGGCGUCUUCUGAUGUGCCCCGCCGCCUCCGCACGCCGUCCCCAUGAUUCACUCCUGCUAAAUAAUAGAUGCUCUUCUCAUAGAUCUCAGGAGGGCCUCCAUCAGUGUGCUGCAGCUCCUCCUCGCUCCUCUUUCAUCCUUUCACUCCUCAGCAUCUGCCUCUUCUCUCUCUCGCUCUCGCUCGCUCUGUCUCUCUCUCUCUCUCUCUCUCUCUCUCUCUCUCUCUCGCUCGCUCGCUCGCUCGCUCGCUCACUGCCAUGUUUCCCGCUAUUCCGCUUGUUGUUCUCGCUUCUUUUUUCCACCAGGUCCAUCUGCGCUUGGAUGAUCAUGGACUCCAUGAGAGUGUUUCUGAUGCUGUACCACUUUUAAUUCCAUCUCAUCUAAUCACCACUUUAGUGAUGGGUUUUUUCCUAAAUAAUCUGGAGUGUUAAAAGGGAAAAGCUACUUUUGAUGUUUUUGAAGGAUUUGCUUGUGUUGCUCAUGCCUUCAGACACACACAUUGCUUAUUUAUAUCCCCAAAUAUUCUCCAAACUGCAGUCUUGUGGGUUGUGUGGUUCAGUUUUGGAGCUGAUUUGGCAAACGGCAAAAAAAAGAAAGAGAUCAGACCAUUUUUUCCAUUGGCCUUGGUGGAGGUUUGCUCUUUGCUUCAUGUUUUCACAAAGCGUCGUCUCUCACUGUAAUCCAGUGCAGACAGCGUUCCUGGCGGCAGCACCAUAGCUUGUAGAUGUUUGUAGUGACACUCCUGUUGGGAAUGUGUUUCCUUCCUUCCUGCCAGCCAGCCACUGGUUUUCCACCGGCUGCUCUCUGACACAUGUUGAAGUUCAAGUUCUUUUAGUUGUUUUAUGUCCCGUGUGAUAGAUUUCCAAUCAGGAAUCUGGACUGAGUGUAAGAUUAUGUAAACUACAACAGCAAAUGGCACAAGUGCUCGUGUUGCUUACUGGGGUCUUUUGCACAAAAAGGGGCUUUAAUGUAUAUCAACUUUUAUUUUUUAGGAGCCUUGUGAUUAAUUUUAUUAACUUUGCGAGCAUUGUCUCAAUUUGAGAAUGAAUUUGAGUCAGCGCUGUUGCCAAGAACUCCAGAAGAGGUUUCCUCUCUGAUGGCCAGGAAAGUGUUGUCGUUGCUGACUCGUGGACGCCAAACAUUUUGUUUGUGAUCUUCAACAUCUUCCUCUCUUUGUGUAGGGACAGUUUGUUUUCAAAAUGAUUUUCUUCACAAGGGGAGAAAGAAGGAAGAUUCAGGAUGCUCUGUGCUUUGGCCUGUUGGGCUGGUAAAGCAGCAGUGUUAUGAGAUUUAUAACAGAGUGAAAACACUAUUUUUGGGCCCAAAGCUGCUGAGGUGUGAAUGUGAUUGUGCGUGUCUGAGAAAUAAGAUGAAAUGUUUGUUUUCCUUUUUCUUUUUUUUUUUUAAAUUAUUGAUUGUACAGUUUUAAUGCCGUGACUGUUUGAAGAGAGACUUUUUCACAAUAAAACCAUUGAAUGUUAA